AUGGAGAUCAAUGCCGAAGAAUCUAUACAGCGGUGGCUGGCAAAUGUCCCCGAAGGUCCGCCAUCGCAACCGGAUUGCGAAGGUCUGAAUACCACAGGCUUUGAGUCCAAUGGGAAGCUUUCCACUGCUCUGGAGCCAAGUGACACUGGCCCAGCCAUCCGUUGGCCAAAUAUCAACAAACGGCCGCGAGACGAAAAUGCAGACUCUGGACAGUGUCUACACCCACGGGAUGUGGGCAACCGGUACGAAAGAAGACCGCGUCGCAAGACUCGAGAUGAUAAAUAUGAAUACAAACGGCCGGGUUCUCCAAGAAAACGACUAGCCCGAUCACACAAGGACAAGGGUAAAAGGACGAGGACGAACAGGAAACAUGCAAUGAAUGAUGCCUUUCAUGCAUCCAACGUUGCUCGGGAAAGACUCACCCUUCGCAAUACUAUGAACAUGGGUAUAUUUAGCAAGGGCAAAGCCUCAUCGCCGAUCAAACUUCGCGACGCUCCUGACCUUUCUUUCUCAGAAACCCGAUUUCUGGCUCAGAAAGAUCAAGUGCCUUUAGGGACAGGCACUGGCGCAGGUACAGGUUUUGACGAGUCUCCCCUGCAGAAGAAACUAAGUCAACAUUCACGCCCGAAGAUUUCCCACUACGUGUUUCGUGAGCCCUCAAAGGUGGUGGCCACUGAGCGACCCACUAUUCAACACACGGCGUUGUCCGUACAGCUCAGUCAAGGAGACCAGUGGCAUCCCUCGGGGCCACAGGGUAUUACGCCAUCCACCCCAGCUGCAGCUUCUGCCGCCCAAUGCAGCCUGGGUAAAAAACAGGCCAAGCUUCAACGUUCGCAAGGUCAACUGCCACACUCUGAUCAUGAAUCUCGAUCUCCAACGCCAUACUCUUGGUCUGUCAGUGAUAGACGGGGGUCGCAGCAGAGCAGAAAGUUGGAAGAUCGGUUGCUGAAGAUUCUACACACCGGCCUAUCGCCACGAUCACUUGAUGAAGUCAAUAACUCUCCUGGCUCCAUGAAAGGUUACUGCAAUAUACAGGAUCUGAGGGGUCUUCUCGAAAGUCGAAAGACCCAUUGGCUGCCACAGACGAGCAUCCAUGGAAUGACGACUUGCAACGAGGCACCGGAGUCUCUUGCGGUGGUAACUGAAACUGCCCAAGGCCUCGAAAAGGUCACUAUUGCGCAGUUCGAGAGCUCAGAAGCGGCAUUAAAGAGUGGCAACAGGCCAAGUCACAUACAGAAAACCCCAGAUGGCCUGUUCUGCAUACCUCAGCGCAACCAGGUUCGCAGCCAGGAGGACGAAGUCCCAAAGGACCUUUCACCAUCGUCUCAGCAACACCGUCCCGUCCUUAUUGAACCAAAAUCAGUGGGGCUGGAUUUGGAGGAUGACGAUGCCUUCUUCCAGAAACUGGAUGCAGCAUACUGCUUAAUCUUCGAGCCGGAGGGCGUUAGGCCUGAACCUUUGGGUCUGGGACCCAUCGUACGUCACGGGUCAAAUUGGUCUAUCGCAAAGCAGACCCAUAAUCAUGGUUCCAUAUCCUCCCGCAGGAUACAUCCAUCGCUUUGCGAGUCGAUUGAUACGUUGUUGUGUGGUCAAUUAGGUCUUGAUGUUUUACCUACAUUCGCGAACCCUUCUCAUCGUCCACACGAAGAGUUGACAGCGUUUCCUCAGAGUGAUAUCAUGGCAUUGCAAGCCUUGGAACGUCACUCGACGGGAGAAGUCUUGGUACAAGGCCCUGAAGUGGCGCACAGGUUUCAUCUGAGUGGUCCUCUUCCUGCAAAUGCUUCCGAGCAAUUCUGCCCCCCAGUCCCACCGGAAUUCUGGAGACAAAAGAGACUGUAUUGA